AUGACCACCUUCUCCGCUCCGGUCCCUGCUACCCGAUCGCUGCCUACGAAUCAGUCGGCACUGGCGGCCUCUUUCACCAACUUCCUCACCGUCUCCGUCCACCAAAUACUAUUCCUGCGCUCCGUCUACCCGCGCGCAACGUUCCUCCCCGUGCGGGCCUACAACUACCCCGUUCGGCAAUCCCGCCAUCCCAAAGUAUGUGAUUACAUCAACGAUGCAUCCAUCGCGGUCGGAACGGAGAUCUUGAAAGGUACAAUCACCGCAGUCAGUAUUAUCAUUUCAUCUCUCCGCACAAAUCAGCCCCUCGAACGAUAUGCCUUUGAUCUGUCGGACUUUCCCCGCGUUCCUGCUGGAGAGGUGAACACCACUUUUGAGAAUAGACCAGACGAUUCAUCAGCUCCGGGUGCCUCGGUCACGGACCGAGGCCCCGCGCCGACUUCGGUCGACCUCGAGGCGCAAUUCCGGGCUUGCCUGGCACGACUCGCGUCCGCCUGUGCCCGACUGACCCCACUGCCCCGGGAUGACGAAUUCAGCUUCACUGUCUGCAUCGAAGUGCGGGAGGAUGCGCUGCCCCCGGCAGGGACCACCAAAGAAGAGCAGACCUGGAUCGUGGCGGAACCAGGCAAGGUCCACCUGCGAUCCUGUACAGCACCAUUCUCGGUGUCAAAACUACGCAAUGGCGAGCCUCAACAGCCGCCACCCCGAGUGUCAAAUGGCCGUGCGAAAACAGUACCCGUACGACGUGUGGAGGCGGGGGAACUGCGGUUGGAGCUGUGGGUGGAAGAGGCACGGCAGAAGUUUAACGAACCGGUGGAAUCGGGACAGCCGCCAUGA